UCAUGUGAUAUAUUUUGGUGUAUGUUCUUUGAUUUGGAGUGGAAAAGAGAAUUUCUGUCGUGUAAAAGUUACUUAUUUCUCUUUAGAAGUCCGGGUCGAUGACUGACAAAAAUAUUGAGACUGAGAGGUCCGUGCGAUCUGUGAGACGGUGCAACAGAUGCAGGAAUCAUGGUAGUCUGGUGGAGCUAAAAGGUCACAAACAUUUCUGUCAGUAUCGGGAUUGUACAUGCCAGGCCUGUAUUUUACUAGAAAAGCGGAAAGAAGUUUGUCGUCAGGCCAUAGCUCUCAGGAGAAAGCAAGAUACGGCAAAAAAUGGUACAGUAACUGGUCCACCACUGCCAUUUUUACAAUUACAUAGUACCAGACCACAUCCCUAUCUAAGGCUCCUAAAUCCAAGUAACAACCAGUCGUUAAAGGAGUCUCAUCAUAUCAGUGUAACACUCCCUAAUCUUACACCAUCUCCAAACUACGUCAGAGCCAUGCAAACAAAGACGGCAUAUAACUCACAAAUGAAAAGUUAUAUGAAUAUCACAAGGAAUGUGGUUUCUCGGACAAUGGACACGACCACAGGCGCGCACGAAGCACCAGCAACUGAUAAGAACACACUGAAAGCACAGACGUGCACAACAAUCCAGACAGCCACUCAAGGACUCAACCGAUCCCCUUGUGUACAGCCCAGUUCUUGUCUCUGUGAGCCCACAUAUACCACACUAAGACCGGUAUCGCAUGCUGGACUGUAUCCCAGUGGAUCGACGUCUUUUAAUCCUAGCCUUUCCAGGACUACUUGGAUGGAGAGUCCAUUUUGGUAUGGACAGGAACACGGCUUCUUCAGACAAAUGGUGCCCAUUACUCAGUCGACAGCAGCUUCAUCAGCCAACAACGGUCACUGUCAGACCCCAGAGAUAUGAAUGGAAACCUUUUCAACGAUGUACAUCUGUAAUUCUUCGUGGAAAAUGAAUUUGCACACUUGAUUUCAAACAUUAAACUGUUUUGAAACAAAUCUAAUUGAUGAGAUUAAU